AGUCUCCAGAGCUCUGGUUUGUGGCUAAUGGUUAAGCGAUUACUCUGGGAGACAUGAAAACGCCCACUUUACAAUACAUGAACUUGACACCAAAUACACGCCGUUACCGGGGUGAGUUUUCAGAAGUCUAACGGUCUUUCCAGAAUGGAUGUUUUAGCAGUUCCCCAAAAGAGAGAAGAGGGCUGGUACUUGUCUCUUAUGGCACCAAACACAAAGGGUCCAAAGUUUGCAUGGCUUGAUCCAUCAAGGCUCUAUUGCAAUUCACAGGCACUGUCAGAUUGCGUAAAAGAUCUUCUCAAACCAUUCCAGAAUGAGACCAUUGACCUGGUGGCUGGAAUAGAUGCCAUGGGCUUCAUCCUCGGGUCAGCUGUGGCCAUAACUUUAGGAAAAGGAUUUUUGGCCAUUCGAAAAGCAGGACACUUAUGUGUUCAAACUCGCACUCAAGACUACAGCGACUACUCUGGACGAGAGAAACUGAUGGAAGUGCGCGUUGAUGUGUUAAAGCCAGGUCUGCGGGUUCUUAUAGUAGACCAGUGGAUUGAGACUGGAGGAACUAUGAGAGCAGCUAUCAAACUGGUGGAGAAUCAAGGAGCUACUGUUGUAGGCAUUGCUGCUGUGGCCAUUGAAAACAGUGAGGGAGGAACGUGGCUAAAGGAAAACUAUAAAUAUUCCCACUGCAUUCCAAAUGAGCUGCAAUCUCAGAUAGACAGUCAAUACCUGGAGUCUUUUAAGAACUUUAGUGGUUAAAUAUUAAGAAAUCAGGGAAAAAAAUAUUCAUGUGAAAUUUGUGGAGGUAUGAAUCUUGUGAGGACUGAACUCUCUACGCUUGAAUGAAUUUGAUGCAGUACAUUUGUCAUGUAUUAUGCAUUUGUCAUAUUGGUCAUAAAUACGUCUGUUGUUGUUGUUACACUAAAAUAUCUUUAGAGGUCACUAUCAGAUUGUAGCUCACAUUUCUAACUUAUUACUAACUUGAAAAUUCUCAAAUAAUCAAUAAUGCUGAAUUUCAUGUAAAUGAAAGAGAUUUAAUCAAAAUAUUAACAGUAUUAAAAUCAGUAUUUAAUCAAAAUAACAGUGUUACUAUGAUAUAUUAA